UGCUUACGACUUGAUCCGUAUAGUGUAUAAUGUUCAUGUGUAACUGCACGAACCACUGUCAGCGUAACGAACAAAAUAAACACACUUCGGCAAAUGCAAGCUUGCUGCUGCUUUUGUAUAAUUCUGAAAUCGCCUGUCAAUGACUGGAAAACGCCUUUAACAGCUAUGAUGAUCACUGUUUCAGACUCUAUGCCUCGGGUUAUGAAUAAUUCAGGUAUACUUAUAGAAAGGCAAACCGCGCUCUGGAAUGGAAAAUUCAUUUGCGCAUUAUAGAAAUGAAAUCACAAUAGACCACAAUUGUUGCGAUCUUCCGACGGUAACAAAAGUGGAAUUUAAUGGUCACGAACUACACGAAAUACCUUGUGUAAAAUACUAGGAGUCUAAAGGGAUAAAAGGGUAAAAUGGAGUCAACAAUCUUAAACGGUUUGCAUAUGUUGCACUUUUCAGUAAUGAACGAAUGUUGCUGCACAACCGUUCAGUCAGAUCUCGGCUGAAGCCUAAUGAUGCUGUGGUACUGCGAUUGUCAGCACCAAUCAAAAAAUAUUGGGCUGAAAGUAAGGGUCUCGAUUUUGAUCAGCUGCUUGGUACAGGUGCAUACAAAGAAAAUUAUCGGCUAGAAAUGAUACGUUGGGGAGAGUCAGUCAGGGCCAGAGACCCAGGCUACUUCUGUCAGCGUGCAAUAGAAAUGUCCAACGGCACCCAAUUCAGUGUGUGGAUUGUGAGUGAUACCAGGAGACUGUCUGAUUUGAAAUGGUUCUUGGAUAACUGUGGUGGGCCCUCUGUGGUUCACACUGUAAGAGUUGUUGCUGAUGAUGCAGUCCGGAAACAGCGUGGAUGGAUGUACACGCCAGGUAUUGAUGAUGCUGAAUCUGAGUGUGGCCUUGAUUCCAUUACUGAUUGGAACUGGACAAUUUCCAAUAAUGGUGUAGGCACAGAAGAAAUAGAAGCUAUUUUACAGAACAUUGUGCAGUGGGUGAACUCUGCAACUACAGUGACUCGAUGACAACCUUCUGGUGCAGAUUAUAGAAUAAGUGUUCAGCCAUUCAUCUUGUCUUUUGCCUAAAACCUCCUUCAGUCCAGUGUAUCAGAUGAUUCAUUAGAGCUUGUUGGGCAUAAAAUGAUGUAGUGUGAUCAUUGUUAAAGAUACUUGCUGUAAAUUCAUUUGAUGCAUCAGCGGUAGCAUUGUGCAGGUAUAAGAUUGCGGUACAUUUGAAAUUUUAGGUUUUUUAGGCGGACAUUCAAUAAAUUCUUGGUAGUAUUUAUGCAAGGCACUGGAAAAACAUUGUUUGUAAUAAAAGGUGUAGUGUUAAAAAUGUACUGUUUGAACUUUACAAAUAAGAUUUUAAUAAAAUGUUUCAAAAUUUUU